CUCCCGCCAUCACGUCUACUGUCAAAGCUGCCCUCCAUUCAGAUGGCGCAAGCGCAGAAAAAUUUAAUUCCCAUUGUUUUUAUCAUGGUUCAUUGAAAUUGUGUAUGAUCUGUAUAAAUUUGAUUAUUUUCUAUAGAAAAUAUGAUGAGUUUGGGCUUUCCAGUUCUGAAUGAAGAAUUAUAUGAUCGGAAUUACGAAGACCGAAGAGAUCUCCACCUUUCCAUUUUCUUUCAACGUAGAAAUUCAAGUUGAAUUUGAGUUCCUAAUGAAAUAACAUUACCUGAGCUCCUGAGUGAGAACGGUGUCAAUAAACUCUACUGAGGUGUGCCAUAAGUACGUAAAUUGUUUUUGUGAAAGCGAAAAUUAAUAGGAGUAUUACUUAACAUUUGUUCGCAUUUUAAGCAGUGAAUGGAGUAUGUUAGCAAUUCCUUUGGAACCAAAGAAAAAUGUGCCAAUUUUUUUGAUCAUAUAAAGGUGGAUGUGGUACGGGCCAGGUAGCACGAUGCCCCAGAGUGGGAUCAGCUGAGACAGUGGAAACAACAUGGCCGCCGAGAUGAGGUCCCCCAAUAUAUCAGUAACUCCGAUCAAUGUGGAGGUCUACCACCAGCCAAUCCCCUCCGCCACUCCAUCGUCCGGUGAACCACCCCCGGACGGCGCAGACGCGGAAGUAGCCCGCAUAGACUUCCACAGCGCCAACGUGAACAUGCGCAGUAAAAAGGAAGAGGGGGAGAGUCAUCCGCCGCGGCCGAUGUCUUGGGAGGGGGAGUUAUCUGACCACGAAAGGGAUAUGUGCGUGGAUGAGGACUCCUCGCAUCAGAUCCCGGAGAAUCUUUCCAUGUCUCAACAAUCGAAACAAACAUCGACCAUCAUCUUAGAAACCAAGGAUAGUCCCAUAUUAAGGCUGAAACAACCCCCGAUGGGAAAUUAUUCACUGCACAGCACCCCCAGCCAUUCGCCCCUGCUAGGACAGCGUCACCCUAUCACCGGCGUACCGAUGAUGAGCCAUAAAGACAUGAUGCAUAAAGCCCUCAACGUUCCUCCAACCCCGAGUCCCGAUUCCGCAAUCCAUUCCGCCUACAGUGUGUUCAGUUCGCCCAAUCAGAGUCCCUUAACUCAAAGACACAUAAACUUAACCCCGAAUCUGAGUCGGAACAAUAGUGACGCUUCGCAUUCCAGCUGCUGCAGCUAUUCUAGUGUUUCGGUUUCAGUGUCGCCGACGCAGCAAUUUUCGCCGACGCAUAGUCCUAUACAGGGUCGUCAUAUGCACAAUGUCCACGGUAGCCCUCUACAUCACAACGUGCUAUAUCGCAGCCUCCAAGAAGACUCGCCUUCUCCUUACUCGAACGAAAACGACGUCUUGGACGAGGUGGAGGAAAAGACCGGCCUACUUCACAACUCCCUGCCUGCCCAACCGGGCAUCUCGAGGCAACAGCUGAUCAACAGCCCCUGUCCGAUAUGCGGCGACAAAAUAUCAGGAUUUCACUACGGCAUCUUCAGCUGCGAAUCCUGCAAGGGUUUCUUCAAGAGAACAGUACAAAACCGAAAGAACUACGUAUGCCUGAGGGGUGCCUCUUGUCCGGUCACGGUGGCAACUAGGAAAAAAUGCCCCGCGUGCCGAUUCGAGAAGUGUCUGCAGUGCGGCAUGAAGUUAGAAGCAAUCAGAGAAGAUAGAACAAGGGGCGGUCGCUCAACGUACCAGUGUUCAUAUUCCCUUCCGCCAUCAUUGACGAAUCAUUCCGACUUUAGGAGUAGUUCAUCGGACUUGCGACACAAUAUGAACGAUCAUUCCUUAACAGUUAAAUUGGAACCUCCGGAAUUUGGAAGUAGUCAUCAUAGACGAAGCGCAAUCCCAGGUUCUAAAGGCGUCCCACCAUUAUUGCAGGAAAUAAUGGAUGUGGAGCACCUUUGGCAUUACAACGAAUCCGAGCUUCAAAAACUGAACACAGAGGGUCACUUGGGUAAAGAAGGCGGAAGUGGUGCUGUUCAUAAUCUGGCCAAUCAUCCUCUUCUCGCUGGUACGGCUCUGGCCGGUUCUACGGAAACGAGUCCUGACUUUGUUGCCAACCUGUGCAAUAUUGCCGAUCACAGACUGUACAAAAUAGUUAAAUGGUGUAAAAGUCUGCCCUUAUUCAAGAAUAUCUCUAUCGAUGAUCAAAUUUGCCUUCUUAUAAAUUCCUGGUGUGAGCUUCUCUUGUUUUCUUGCUGUUUUCGAUCCAUGUCAACGCCGGGAGAAAUAAGGGUGUCCCUUGGGAAGAGCAUCACUUUGAACCAAGCCAGGGAUAUGGGUAUGCAGGCUUGUAUAGAGAGAAUGUUGAAUUUCACAGAACAACUCAGAAGGCUAAGAGUAGACCAAUAUGAAUACAUUGCCAUGAAAGUUAUUCUUCUUUUAACUUCAGACACUUCCGAACUCAAAGAAGCCGAAAAAGUUAGGAUAUCACAGGAAAAGGCACUGAAAGCUUUACAGGAUUACACACUAGUUCAUUAUCCGGAAAGUCCCUCCAAAUUCGGGGAGUUGUUACUGAGAAUACCCGAGCUGCAACGAACUUGUCAGGUUGGAAAGGAGAUGCUUACGAUAAAAUCAAAAGAUGGGGAUGGGCCAAGCUUCAACUUACUGAUGGAGCUCCUCCGUGGGGACCACUAAAAAGUGCCUUAUAAGCUUCGGUGGUGGGGUCAUAUUUACAGACAGUAUUGCUUAUUACUAGUUGCUUUAAGUGAAAACUAUUACGUACUUAGUUAGGAUAGUGCUGGACACUUGCCUUCCCCAAAAUGGAUUAAACGGGAUGAAUUCAUCAACACCCCGAACAUCAAAACGGUGCAUAUAUACUAUGUAUUCAUAAAAUCGACACAGACUGAAUGUUUAUAAUUAGUUACGACAAACAAGAACUGCUGCCGUUGUGAAAUAUCGAAUUUUUUUGAAAUUCGAACAUGCACUAACAUCGAAUCAAGGAAUUUUUUUAGCAUUAUCAGUAUGGCCUGAUAAAUUACUGCUGCAAUUUGAAACCGUACUAAGAAGUAUUACCGAAUCGUCAGUUAUCUCUGUUUUGAGAAUAAAUCCUGGGUAUGUUGCUUUUUUUGGCCGCUCUUUCCAGGGAAACGAUCAAUUUCUCUGAAAAGUCCAAUAUUUUUGUGACAUGGUCGUAUUCUACUAAUAUGAGGGCACACGUUGCAAUAACGAAAAACCAUGUGCGAAAAUCAUUCCAAUUGCAUGACCGAAAAAAGUUGUACUUAUCACAAUAACGAAAACGUUUUUACAACAUACGAAUAUUAUAUAUAUAUAUAGAAAAUGAAAUGUAUCUCAUGGAACUAUUGUUGUAAAUAGUUCUGCAGUGACAAUUUUCUUUAUUUAUUUAAAUUUAAGUAGAGCGAAAAUUCUUAUUUUUAUAGUGCCAAUUUAUUAGGCUUAUAUACAUGUAAAACUGGGAACAAGUUCUAUUUCGUGCUUGUAUGAUGAGUAUCGAAAUCAUCUCUGUGUCAAAUAUGAAUUUGGGGAUAAAUUGUUGCAUCAGUAUUAUAGUCGAUGUGUUUUAUACUUUUAUAAAUGAAUCGAUGUUCAAUGUUAUUAAUUGUCAACUUCGCUUGGAAAAGAAAAUUUGUAUCUAUAUCAUCAAAUUAUUGAGAAUUCCUAGAUAAUCAAAUCGAUACUUAAAAGUUAAAUAAAUCCCUUUAUAGUGUUUGCCAUGAAAAAUCGAAAGAGGAAGACGGUUUUACUGAGGUAUGCAAGAGAUUUAAAACAUUUUUCGUCGAAAGAAUAAAUAUGUACCUUGUUGCCACAUUCAUCCUAUCACAAUACAGGGUGUCCAAGUUAAUAUCCCCAGUGUACUUAAGGAUAAUGAAAUUUUCGAUGUUCACUUCAGACAUAAAUCAUGUAAAUUAAUAAUGAAUUUUAUAGAACAAUAUUGAAAAUUAAAUAACGCAUACAUUCGUGGAAUGUAAAUAGUUGCAAUUUUAAUCUGUUUAAAAAAUCGUUAAAUUUUAUUUAAGUUUAGAUUUGGCCGAAGUUACAGCUGCUCUUUAAGGGCCUACAAGUUAUAUUCUUGGAUCUGUUUUGUUUGAAUGUUAUAAAAAUGAUUUGUUGUUGAAUCCAGUGUCAAUAUUUAAUAAAUUAUAAGACUUUGAGGGAGGCCUUUAAUGGCUGCAUCGAAUGCAGUAUUAGCCCUUAAUACUUUUGUAUUUGAUUUUAUUAGUGAUUUAUACAAAAUGUAAUGAAAUAUAUUGAUAAAUCUUU